AUGGCAUUUUUACGAACCGAGAAAAGCGGCAAAAUCAGCGCCGAUGAACCUUACUAUGAUCUUGGCGAGCACAGCAGAAUAGUCAGUACUCAGAAUCCCGACGCGCAGGCCUGGUUUAACAGAGGCCUCGUCUGGACAUACUCCUUCAACCACAGAGAAGCAGCUGCAUGUUUUCAACAAGCUAUCUUGCACGACUCCCAACUCGCCAUUGCACACUGGGGAGUGGCCUUUGCUUCGGGUCCGAACUACAACAAAGUCUGGCAGGCGUUCGACCAGAAUGACCUGCAGGUGUCACUCCAAAAAUGCUUUGAUUAUUCCCGCAAGGCGAAAGAGCUGUCAUCCAACGCUACUCCCACCGAGAGAGCCUUGAUAGAAGCAUUGCAGCAUCGCUUUCCCACAAGAGACAAGGUGCCCUCUGAUUUUGCGCCAUCCGUAAAGGCGUAUGCGGAUGCUAUGAGGCAAGUCUACCGUGAAUUCGGGCAAGACGACUUGGACAUCACCACACUCUUUGCGGAUUCUUUGAUGAACACAGCUCCUUGGGGACUCUACGACGCCAAAACGGGCGACCCAAUUCUGUCAACGCCUGUCCUCGAAACCACUGAAGUUCUUGAGCGAGGAUUAACCAAACCCAAUGCUAAACGCCACCCGGGACUUUUACACAUGUACAUCCACCUUGUUGAGAUGUCCAAAACCCCGGAGAGAGCGAUCAAAGCAGCCGACCAUUUACGAGAUCUCGUUCCAGAAGGCGGGCAUAUGAGCCACAUGCCUAGUCACAUCGAUGUUCUCAUUGGAGAUUAUCGCCGGGCGUUGCACACAAAUCUGAAAGCCACUAUUGCCGACGACAAAUAUUAUGCGCUUAACGGAGGCUGCAACUUCUACUCCUUUUACCGUAUGCACAACUACCACUCGCUGAUCUACGCAGCCAUGAUGGCAGGACAGGCUGAAGCGGCCUUCGAGGCCGUAUCGAGAAUGGAGGCUACAAUCACCGAAGAGAUGCUGCUGGUCCAGUCUCCACCCAUGGUUGACUGGUUGGAAUUCUUCAAGUCCGUCCGUGUUCAUGUUCUCAUCCGUUUCGGAAGAUGGCAGGAACUCAAAGAGCUUCCCGUUCCCGAAGACAAGGACCUUUACUGUACCACGGUCGCGACAAUACAUUAUGGCAAGGGCAUAGCUUACGCUGCGACCGGCGACAUCGAGAAUGCAGUUCGCCAGCGAGAGCUUUUUCAGUCAGCGUUCAAGAGAGUUCCAGAAACGAGGAUGAGCUUUCCUAAUAAAGUGGUUGACGAGCUCAAAGUUGCUGAAGCAAUGCUAAAUGGAGAACUCGAGUAUAGACGCGGCAACUACGAAGCUGCAUUCGAAAGCCUUCGUCUCUCCAUUAAACUGGAUGACUCGCUUAUUUAUGCAGAGCCAUGGGGUUGGAUGGUUCCCACUCGGCAUCCUUACGCCGCGCUGUCCUUGGAACAAGGUCAUGUCGAGGAAGCAGCAAGGGUCUACGCCGAGGAUCUGGGCCUGGAUGAGACUUUAUCCAGAGCCCACCAGCACCCAAAUAACAUUUGGGCCCUCCACGGAUAUCAUGAGUGUCUGGUUCGCUUGGGCCGCACGGAUGAGGCCAGACUCAUCAAAAAGCAACUGAUUUAUGCUGAAGCAAGUUCCGAUACCGUUGUCACUUCUUCAUGCUUUUGUAGGCUGGAUACGGUCAAGAAUGGGAGCAAGAGCUCGGGGUGCUGCCAGUAG